CCUUCUCGCCAUCAUAAAAAACUCCGCUGCCUUUUAUUAGAAAGCAGCUUCUCCUUCUCUUUGCUUUUAAAAACAGAAAUAUUAUUUCAUUUCAUUUCACCCUCUGCCUACUCUCAACAGCCGCCCGCAACCUAAAACAGUUUCUCUUUACUUUUUCUUAGGGUUCUACGGGAAGAGCUCGGUGUGUCACGGAUUAUAAUGGCUUUCUCCAGUCUCCUCAGAUCUACUACCGCAGCUCCUCUAAUCGACGACUCUCUUGCCGAGCUUUCUUCCUCAUCGUCCGAUCGAUUUAAGGUUUCAAGCGUUAAUGUUAACCGAGAUCUAAAAUCUUCCAAGAGCAUCUUUGGCACUUCUCUUACAACUGGAUCUUCUUCGUUACAGGCAUGCUGUACAAGGAGUUUCCAACCCAUCAAGGCCACAGCAACCGAAAUGCCUCCCACCAUCCUGAAAUCAAGAAAUGAUGGGAAGACAAAGAUUGGAAUCAAUGGUUUUGGUCGUAUUGGAAGACUGGUUAUGAGAAUUGCGACUUUCAGGGAUGAUAUUGAUGUGGUGGCAGUCAAUGAUCCUUUCAUUGAUACCAAGUACAUGGCUUACAUGUUCAAAUAUGAUUCUACUCAUGGAGGUUACAAGGGAUCCAUCAAGGUUUUGGAUGAGUCCACCUUGGAAAUCAAUGGGAAACAAAUCAAAGUUUCAAGCAAAAGGGACCCAGCAGAGAUACCUUGGGGUGAUUAUGGGGCUGAGUACGUGGUUGAAUCUUCUGGGGUUUUCACCACAAUUGAUAAGGCUUCAGCUCACAAGAAGGGUGGUGCCAAGAAAGUGGUCAUAUCAGCUCCCUCUGCUGAUGCACCAAUGUUUGUGGUUGGGGUAAAUGAGAAGACAUACAAGCCAAACAUGGAUGUUGUUUCUAAUGCAAGCUGUACCACCAAUUGUCUUGCUCCUCUUGCUAAGGUGGUUCAUGAGGAAUUUGGCAUCGUUGAAGGUCUAAUGACAACUGUACAUGCAACUACAGCAACACAAAAGACUGUAGAUGGUCCAUCAAUGAAGGAUUGGCGUGGUGGUCGUGGAGCAGGACAAAAUAUCAUCCCUAGUUCCACUGGUGCUGCAAAGGCUGUUGGAAAAGUUCUUCCAGAACUCAAUGGAAAACUUACUGGAAUGGCCUUCCGUGUCCCAACUCCUAAUGUUUCUGUCGUGGACUUAACUUGUCGACUUGAUAAGAGAGCAUCUUAUGAAGAUGUCAAAGCAGCAAUUAAGUAUGCUUCGGAGGGGCACAUGAAAGGAAUUCUUGGUUAUACUGAUGAUGAUGUUGUCUCUAAUGAUUUUGUUGGUGACUCAAGGUCAAGCAUAUUUGAUGCCAAAGCUGGUAUAGGGUUGAGCGACUCUUUCAUGAAGAUGGUGGCUUGGUAUGAUAAUGAGUGGGGAUACAGCAACCGAGUGCUGGACCUGAUAGAGCACAUGGCAUUGGUGGCAGCACACAAUUGAGGAAUUCUAUUUGAUUAGGAUUACUGCUGCUAUGAUGCAGCAAUUUUAGCGAAUGCUAUGAGUUUCAUCGAAAGUGUAGUUACAGGUUUCAUAGUGAUUAAGUUUUUGCCCGAAUGGCUUCCUUUUUCCUUAUUUUUUCCCCUGAUCAAGUGAGUUGGACAUCCCAAGAUGCAACUUUGAAAUAAUAUGAUAUCAUAUAUGUAUUGAGUUCUGUCUAUUAAUACACCUCUGUAUGUUGUACUUGGUGUUGAGGAUGGGCAUCACUGGGUUGAUUGUACGACGUUUUGGAAAUGAAUUACAGACGUGAAUUCAACCAUACGUUGCAUUACAUACAUUUUGAAUUCGUCCA